GCUCCGUCGGCUGCAUCCUCUGCGGGCGUCUCCGCCCUGCCCCGCCUGCCGAUGAUUUCGCCCACCAGCCGUGACGACUCGCCAGAACCGGUCCCCCUUCCAGCUGCCGCGGCUGCGGCGCUUGGCUGGCGGCUGGAGCUGGCGGGCGAAUCGGCGACAGUUGUGCUGUGCUCCGAGGGCCGUGAAGAGUUGUUUCAGCACGCUGUCUCUCGGCUGCGGCGCUUCGCUCGCGCUGGCGCGGAUGAGCCGCGUGAGAUCGAGGAUCUCGGAUGCCUGAUCGCUGUGCUGCGCAGUUAUCAGCGGCUCUUCGGCGAUGGAGGUGUCGCGCCGCUCUCGGAGCCUGGGUGGCCGUUGCUCAUGCACGCCGCGGCGUUCCCAGGGCUGACUGGGCAGCCUCAGAUCGACGAGAAAGCGGUCGUUUGCGACCUGUCUGCGAACCUCUCCGAGAACGCCGAGUUGCCCCUGCCACGCCUGUGGUCCAACGAGGCACCUGCGGAGCUGCUCGACGGGCAUCGAGCCAUCUGCAGCGUGCCCCGCCCGACGUCGUUGUCGGGCAUGUCGCAGCGGCAGGGCGUGGCCGAGCUGGUGGCGAAGCUGCGCGCCCGCGCUCGUGAGGCGCACCCUGCUGGUCCGCCUGCCCCCUUCCCCUGUGCCGACAUCGAGGCCGCGCUUCUCUGCGCGCCCUCGGAUGUCGAG